AUGGCUCCACGAAGCUGGUCUGGUCUGAACGUUCAUUAUGAGUCACUACCGAGCCGUGAAGUCGACCAGGUACUCAAUCAUGAAGCCGACGUGGUGAGUGCAGGUUCCCGUUCCCUACAACAAGGCUCCGUACGACAAGGUUCCGUACGACAAGGCUCCGUAGUGGGUCACACUUCCCCAGGCCACGCUUCCCAAGACCACGUUACCCGAGGUCGCGGGGCCGUUUUCCAAGGCGGUACAGCUGCAUGCGGCGGGCGGUUCCAGUUUGUUGGUCGGCACACUAAAGAUGAUAGCGAGGAGUAUCUCUCUGCCUGGAGCGGGUCGUCGGUCGAGAGUGACUCCGAUCACGCCCGGUCCAUCUCGGACAUCUCUGCAUUCACACGUCCCCCAACUGCCAAACAAGAACACAGCCUGUCCAUCGACUCCGACCUCGAUCUCAGCUCCAGUCUCGGAGACGACCAAUCGGCAGUAUGGCUAGACAGACCGGAGAUAGCCCUUGAAAAGGGCGGCUCCCCUUCAACAGAGUCCGAACCGCCGGUCGAAUUGCGGACCAGAUUGUGGGCUGAGUCGCCGACCGGGUCGGCGACAAAGAUCGGCCAUCCUGUCAGUGGGCGGGUCAUCGAUGCAACCUCGGUCGGGGAAGCAGCCUCGGUCGGGGAAGCAGCCUCGGUCAGGGAAGCAGCCUCGGUCGGGGAAGCGGCCUCGGUCGGGGAAGCGGCCUCGGUCGGGGAAGCGGCCUCAGCCGUCGAUGCAGUCCCGAUUGAGGAGACAGUCCCGAUUGAGGAGACAGUCCCGAUUAGGGAGACAGUCCCGAGUAGGGACACGGCCUCGGUAGGUCCGGUAGGGUCUACGAGCGCACUGGAGUCUCUCGAGUUGAUUCCCGGUUCGCCAUUGGGUCUGGAUGCCGCUGGCACCGACCAGUCGCCGGAGUUGGAGUUGGACACGGGCGACCAGACAGCAUGGUCAUGUUUCAGCACUUGUAAAGAGUUCCAGGGGUUGUGGUGGUGGCAGAGUUUGCGACAGAAUGAGGAAGGCAGUACCUCGCGUUUUCAGGAGGACGAAACACUUUUGUCCUCUUCAAGCGAGCGUUCAUUUCGCGGAGAGUCUGUCCGCAGUUCCGACUAUCGUCAAGAUGCAGUGGACUUGCCUGGUGGACCAACUGAGGUCCGAGGCCACCCGUCUGAAACCCAGCUUACCCCGAGGCAGGUUACCGCGACCCAUGGGGCUACCGGCAUGAACAAGGUCACUGUGCACAAGGCCAGAGCUUGUUCUACAAGGACUCGGACCAGGACGCGUGUUGGCAGUAUCGCGGAGGUGUAUUUGACCAGACUCAAUACUACGAGUCCUUUGAACCGGCUCGGCUCCGAUCUGGACCAGCGGGGUGUCGGCCAGCGGGGUGUCGGCCAGUUGGGACCAAAUGUGGCUACGGUCUUGACCACGCCGCUACUUGUCGCACAUCCCUUCGAUGCGUCCUUCCGGGAAGCCGGCGCCCUUGCCCUGGUCCCCGCCGCUCGUUAUCGUCUGCACGAGUCGUAUGAACAAGUCUGUCCUCUCGGCUGCCUCACCGUCCCUUUUUACCUAAGUCUUUUUGGCUGCGGCAACUGCACCGACGUGGACUUAGGCGCAUCCGAGUUUGAGGUCCUCAUCGACCCCACCGAACGCCGAAAACCUUGA